CGCGUGCGAAGUGCGUGAGCCGCCAUUGAACCGGCUUGAUUUUGUUGUAAACAAUUUAUAAUCACUGCCAUCAUGAAGUUAGUUAGGUUUUUGAUGAAGCUCAGCCAUGAGACAGUUACAAUUGAGUUGAAGAAUGGAACACAAGUACAUGGCACAAUCACAGGUGUUGACGUCAGUAUGAACACGCAUCUCAAGAAUAUCAAAAUGACACAAAAGAACCGGGAUCCGGUACAGUUAGACUCUCUCAGUAUCCGGGGAAACAACAUCCGUUACUUUAUCCUACCAGAGAGUUUACCAUUAGACACCUUACUGAUUGAUGACACACCUAAAGCCCGAGCCAAGAAGAGGGAAAUGGGAGGCAGCAGGGGAGGACGAGGUGGUCCCGGAGGCCGAGGGGGAAGAGGAGGGCGUGGAGGCAGGGGACGAGGUCGUGGGGGCGGUCGCGGUGGUGGACGAGGAAGAGGAGAUCGAGGCGGCGGUGGUCGCGAUUACGGUGGUCGACGAUAGGUCUCGGCAGUGGCGUGAGCCAUGCAACAAAUUGACUGUGUUCAUGUGUGCAUAGAUCAUGAAUUGCGUUUAUAAAAUAGCUGACGUUCAUGAUACUCUGGUAGCUGUACAAUCCGAGGUCACAGACCAGCUGCAGUCCCUGAACAGUGGAAUGGGCUGAUAUUUGAGUGAUUGCUGAAUGGAGUUUCGGCAUCAAUAAGUCAAUCAUGUUUAAGUUAUAGCUGGGCCUGCACUGUUUGCUGAAGGAGUACUAUAAUUGCAGUAAAUACUGAUAUGCCGAGUUAUGUCUCCAUCAUAAUGGAGCUCUCCUUCUCAAACCAAAUAUAAGUUAGUGUUUACAUCGGCACCCUAGGCUCCAUUAAUAUCCGACCCAGCUGAACAGGAAGUGUCACUCGGGCACGAGUCUGGCAGUGUCUUUUCAAUUUGAUAAGACUUAUUGGAUCCUAACGGGUUAUCUUCUUUAGUGACCACCUCAUUCAAAGUCUGCACCAGAUUUGUAUGUAGACAUCUGUAUGUUCGGUAUCCAAUCUGCAUUCUUUCGUAUGGUACACUUGUACUUUUGUCAUUCCCAUUCAAGAAAUAAGGUUUGUCUGUAAUUUGUACAUGUAAUAAUAAUCUCUUUUACGUAUCCCAAA